AUGGAUCAGAUCCAGGCUUUAAAGUGGGUACAGGAAAACAUCGGUGAUUUCGGAGGAGACAAAAACCACGUCACCAUUUUCGGACAGAGUGCCGGAUCCGAUUCAGUCGGCAUUCACAUGACGUACAACGGGUCUGCCGACUUGUUCGAAAAGGGCAUCAUGUCAAGCGUACCUUUCACUAUCUAUCACAAGUCUCACGCCGACGCCGUGCGACUCGGAAACCAUUUCGCCGAACUGCUGAACUGCUCGCACGGCGACGUUAAGUGUAUCCGUUCCAAAACCACAGACGAACUUGUACAAGCACAAGGUAAGAUAGGCACCUUCGUCGCCAACCCUUUUCGUCUCUUUGAGGUGUUUGAGCAAUGGGGACCCCACUUUGACGGCGAUAUUCUAACCGAAGAACUUGUUGACAAAUUUGCAAAAGGACAGUUUCAGAAAAAGCCGUUUAUCAUAGGCACAGUAAGUGAAGAAGCUACUCCAUACAUAUAUGGAGCAUUCGGAAAAACGUCUAAAGUUGAACUGGACGGCAUUGCUGUAGCAUUUGCACAUUUGAAGGCAGGCCAGGCCCUUCGCGAAUAUGACCCACCAACGUCCUCAGACUAUCGACCUGUCCUAUCCGUACUUGUCACGGACUGGGUCUGGGCCUGUCCAACCCGCAACGUCAUACGGAACGCCAUCGCCGGUGGAGAAUCCGACGUCUGGCUCUACGUCUUCGACCACGUUUUUUCUAUCAAACAAUCCUGGGGCAACUCUACAUGCUGUUUUACCCACGUCUGUCAUGGCUCGGACGUUCCGAUUGUCUUUCAAACCGCACCGCUGGGAAACCUCAGCCUGACCGCCGACGAACAGGUCCUGGGCGACACCAUCGCGUACCACUACGGGAACUUUGCGCACACGGCAGACCCGAACAAACCUAACGAACAUCUCCCCCGUCCAAACCUCAACAUACCAGAGAACCUCAACUGGCCAAAGUACAACAAGGACAACGGGUUUCCUAUCCUCAACAUGACCACUCCACAUAACACUCUGAUGCACGACUAUCGGAAGGACAAGUGCGACUUUUGGGACAGAGAAGACAUUUACACCUGA